UAUAAAAAUGCUUAUUAUAUGAGGUUUAUUAUGGAUAAAUUGAUUAUAAAUAGUAAUGAUUAACUCGGAAGAAAGAAAUUCUGAAAAGCAAUCCCAAAAAUCAGAUAUUAAUACAUUAACUGAUGCAGUAAGAAAAGUAAAUAUAACACAUGAAGACAUUCCAAAAAAUCGAAGACGUGUCGUUAAUAACCACCUGUAUACAACCAAAAAUGAAAAAAAAAAUUCAUCUAAAGUUCAUAGUGAACUUGUAAAUGCUAACGAAACAUUUGGUGAACAAAAAAGUGGCUGGUCCAAUGAGACACAUAGUGAGCAAAAAAAUGUAUGGUCUAAUGAUCUAAAAUAUCAACCUCUUGCAUCACUACAAAAACAUCAACAAAGAAGCGACUAUUACCAGCAUACAAACGAGUUUUCUAAUAAGAGGAAUACCGAAACAUUUAAACCUUCUCAUAAACCUCCUGAAAUGCGCAUAUUAAUUUCUCCUCCUGGUUGCCAUAGAUAUUCUCGAGAAAUAACCUCUAGAGAUCUUCUUAUUGUUAAUGAUCUUUUUUGUGAUUUUCAAGAUUUAGCCAUUUAUGAGAAGCUUAUAUCUGAAACGGAAAAAUGUGGAGUGGAAUCAAUGGACUUAUGGCAGUUGUGGCAUGGUGAUAGCCAUAUGAUUGCUGAUGACAAAAAAAAAUGGAAACAGUUCUGUCCUACAUUUCUUAUGGUUCUUGAUAAAAUUAGAGAUUUUUUUCAAAUGGAUAUUAAAGCAACGCGUUUGAAUUGGUAUCGCGAUUCCAAUGAAUGGAAACCUUUUCAUCAUGACGCAGCAGCAAUUAAAGCAGAUAAGGCACGAUCUCAGAAUUUAACCGUCGCUGUUUCUUUUGGUGCCGAAAGAGACGCAGCCUUUGAGCAUGCUCAAACAAAGACGAUAAUUUCUUUGCCUCAGCCCAAUGGAACUAUUUACACAUUUGGAAAGGAUGUGAAUAUUAUAUGGCGGCAUGGAAUUUUGCAAGUUCCUCCUGAUAAAUAUCACAACAAAGGGCGAAUAUCGAUAAUUGCAUGGGGAUGGAUCGAUAACAUGGUUGAUGUGUAACUAUAAUGGUUUGUUAUUACUUGCAGGAUGGGAGAAUUUAGGUUAUAUAUUUUAGUAAUUUAUCUUCGUUUAAAUUUUAAGACUGUUUGCAUUAGAGUCGUGUCAAAUGUGGAUUGCAAAACACUUUUUUAUUUAUUAAUUAAAUGUAGUUUUAUGUUUUUAAAUGAAGUUUUAUCAAUUAUUUGAAAAA